AUGCAUGCCAAAACCGACUCCGAGGUGACCAGCCUGGCGCCGUCGUCGCCGACCAGAUCUCCCCGACGCCCUGCCUACUUCGUCCAGAGCCCCUCCCGCGACUCCCACGACGGCGAGAAGACCACGACGUCGUUUCACUCUACCCCGGUCCUCAGCCCCGUCGCCUCCCCGCCUCACUCCCACUCCUCCGUCGGCCACCACUCCCGGGAAUCCUCCUCCACCCGAUUCUCCGGCUCGCUCAAGCCCGGAUCUAGGAAGAUCUCUCCCAACGACGCCUCCGGAGGCCGCGGCGGGCACCGGAAGGGGAACCAGAAGCAGUGGAAAGAAGUCGAUGUGAUUGAGGAAGAAGGGCUGCUCGAAGACGAAGAGCGGCGCAGGGGAAUCCCUCGCCGCUGCUAUGUCCUCGCUUUUGUUCUGGGGUUCUUCGUUCUCUUCUCUUUCUUCUCUCUGAUUUUCUGGGGAGCUAGCAGACCCCAGAAGCCCAAGAUCACAAUGAAGAGCAUUAAGUUCGAGCAUUUCAACAUCCAAGCCGGCUCCGACGCCUCCGGAGUAGCUACUGAUAUGAUCACAGUGAACUCCACCGUCCGAAUGAUCUACCGCAACACCGGGACUUUCUUCGGCGUCCACGUGACCUCGACGCCUCUGGAUCUGUCCUACUCACAGCUCGCAAUUGCCACGGGAGCGGUGAAGCGGUUUUAUCAGAAGAGGAGUAGCCAGAGGUCGGUGGCGAUAUCCAUCGCCGGCGACAAGAUCCCAAUGUACGGUAGCGGGGCAGGGCUGAGCAGCACGGCCACCGGGAAGCCGCUGCUGCCGGUCCACCUGACGCUGAACUUCACCGUCCGGUCCAAAGCUUACGUUCUGGGCAAACUGGUGAAGCCGAGAUUCUACAAGACGAUUGGGUGCGACAUCACGUUCAAUCCAAACAAGGCCAACGCCACGAUCUCGCUCAAGCAUGCCUGCACUUACGAUUGA